CCACAGGGAACCCAAUGGCGAAACGUAAAAAAUAAGACUUAAAUUUCUACAAAAAUACCGUCAUUUGCAGUGAUCUAUCUGCUCCAAGUGUGACUUCCGCUGACCAAAGCUAAAAACGUACUAUAGGCCCAUUUCCAGAGCUAUACUUGCCUGCACGUAAGGUAUUAUACAUCACAUGAUACAACUCACGUGACUGACAUGACGGUGCCCCAUCCAGCCUCAGGAGCCUUCUCCAGCCUACAAUACCCCCACUGCCGCCCCCAACCAUCACAUUUCUUCACACUCUUACAAACUCCAUCCAAUUCCCACCACCAAUUGACCCCACUGCCAUUUUUUCCCACCAUGGAGUCUCUCACCCUCUCCGAGUUCCUCACCAAGCUCGAGCCGUUCGCCCACACCGACCUCUUGAUCCCGUCAGAAGCCUCCAAGCUCCAGCUAGCCAUCACCGAGCUUCUUGUGGACUACUAUGUGGACUAUCCACUUCUCAAGUUCCUCAGUCGUUUUCUCAGCCAACAGUCGUACGAUGAAAUCAUCGAAGAACGGAACAUCGACCACCAGUGUGGCUACUUGAUCUGUGACAAGUCUCCUCGCCAGCAGGUUCGCAGAGCAUCAACAGGAGCCAUGUUGGCAGACAGGUCUGCCACCAAGUUCCAGAUCUACAACCGCAAACCGUCGAUGAUCCUUCCCAACACAUAUCUCUCACAGUACUGCUGCAAGGACCAUUACCAGGCAUCGAUCUUCUACCGCAACCAGCUCUCCAAUGAGGCAAUGUUUGCACGUAAGGACAUCAUGGUGGUACGUCCUUUUUCGCCGGAAAUCUCUGCCAACUGGUACGAAAACGGAAUCACCUGCUUGGAGGAGGUGUUGUCGAAGCACAAGGAGCUUAAGGGCCAAGGAAAGUCGAUUUCUGACGUAAUUGCCAUGAUGAGUGGGUUGUCUGUGUCGGAGGGCUCGCCCUCUCCCGAUACCAGCGAGCUCAUCAAGCUCAUUGAGGACUUUGAGAUCGUGGAAAAGGAAGGUGGUGUCACCGGAGACGUGGACGAGGACGAUGAACUCGACUACGCCGAACGAGCAAAUGGCAUUGAUGGGUAUGUCACCACCAACAAGAGCUUCGGAGGCUAUGUGGUGUAAUCCUCCCUGAAUGUUCAGAUCUGGGAAAGCUACCAGAAAGCUACCAGAAAGCUACCAGAAAGCCACCAGAAACUUGCCAGAAACCUAAAAGGAGCUUCAGCUGGGAGUUAAAACUGCCGAACCUCUAGUAGUUCUAGAAGCCUCGCGUCCAACAUUCUCUGAAGACUUUCCUUACACUUCUCGACACCACACUUGGUGGUAUCCUCCGUUAUGAUUAAAUGAUCACUGCAUGCUGCUGACGAUUCGGUUCUAUGUUACACUAUAUACAGUAAGUAGAACUAUGUACAAUACGAACGAUUUUAUCAGAA